AUGGCCGGGAAGUUUGAACCCAAGGUUCCUGUGAACCUCGACCCCCCAAAGGACGACAUCAUCUCUCGAGAAGAGCUCGCUAAAGCCAACGUGUUUGCCGGUAAGGAUGCCUCGAGAGCUCUCGGCAAGACCUCCACCAAGCCAGAGGAUGCACGGCCAGAGUGGCAGGAUUUGGACGAGAAGGAAAAAGGCGUAUUGAAUGACUGGAUCACUUUCUUUUCAAAGCGGUACAACGUCGUUGGUGUUGUUGAAGGUGCCACGAACAUGGACUGA